CGGUCCCCCGCCCACUUUGCUUCCCAGCCAACUUUGUUUCCCUUCAUUGAAAAUGAAUGGGCUCCCUUAUUUCGUCGCCUCCAGUGUGCUGGAUGGAUUUCCGGUGUGAGGCUACGUACUGCCUAUGGGGGGGUGUUCAGCAAAGAAAGAUGUAUCCUCUCCUGUAGCUCAGUCAAAGGAUUGUUCGAUUUGUUUUUAAAUGCGUUGUUGUGCACUGAAGUUUUGGUUAAAACACUCCCUGAUUUCAGACCAGGAACGUGCACGAGCAAAAUGAAUGAACAGAGCGGGCGCGUCAUCCUCAAGUUUUUCAGACAACAACUACAGUCGGUUUAACCGCGAACAGAGCAAGCAGCGAAGAAAUCAAGUCCGCCCCAGCGGCACCAAGUCAUAUCGAACGAAUUGCCAGCUGAAGGAUUCCAUUCUACAAUGGACAGGAUUGACAGUCUAAUGAAACAGGAGUUUGUCAGUGUUUGGGUCCAAGAUCCACAGUUCCACAAAGAUGACUUCUGGCACACGCACAUCGACUACGAGAUCUGUUUACAUACCAAUAGCAUGUGUUUUAGGAAGAAGACUUCCUGUGUGCGUAGGCAGUACAGUGAGUUUGUUUGGCUCCGGCAGCGUCUGCAGGACAAUGCUAUGCUCAUAGAGUUGCCCAAAUUACCUCCCUGGAAUCCGUUCUUCAGUCUGAACAACCCCUAUCAGGUCAACCAGCGGAUGAAGGGUCUACAGGAGUUUCUAGAGACUGUCCUCCAGGACCCCCUGCUGCUGUCUGACAGCAGAGUGCACCUUUUCCUCCAAUCCCAGCUCAGCGUGACCAAGAUGGAGGCGUGUGUCUUGGGCCAGACACGCUACACAGUGGCCCAGGCCAUCCAGAUGUGUAGUGACUGCCACCGCACACGCUUCCCCGUAGAGAAGAGCCGCAAGGAGUACUGCGACUCGAACGGCGAAAGCACCACAUCAUCAGGUCUAGGCCACAGCCAUGACUCGGGGGUCCCCCAGAGCUCCAGCCCCCUACCCUGUGACAGCAGUUGUGAAAACUGUGAUGGAAGCCUAACCAUCAGGGACAGAAGAUUUUUCAGCAGAGAGUCCUCUUGUGACCAGGAACACACAGAGCCCUGACACAUGCACAAAGGGGCUGUUUCCCAGACAAAUAUUCAGCCUAGUCCUGCACCCAAAAUGAUGCUAAAUGAUUGAAAGUGCUUUUUAGUUCAGGACUAAGCGUAGUCUUUGUCUGGGAAGCUGCCCCAAAGACUCUGUUUGCUGCUGUUCCAGGUGAACUUCUCAAACCUCUGAAGAUGAGGAGGUGGAGUAGAAAGUCCUUUUUUAUGUGGUUCUCCGUUGGCAUUCUGUGUUCCCUAUCUGUCUUUUAAAAUGUCUGAACUAUAUGUUUUCUUAAAGGAUAUGUUAUUAUAUUGAUACACCCACUAUUGUGGACUGACUGGUGUUGCUGGUGAACAAGGCACUUGAGCAAGUUGUCUUAAUGCAGUAUCUCUGUCUUAAACUCUAACUUGUGCCUCACAUGUUUAUAAAAAAUUUAAAAAAUAAAAAAAGAGGAAAAGAAAGAUUUCUAUCACUUACCCUGCAAUGAUACUGGGAAAGAUUCUUAAAUUAUGAAUGUUUUAUUUGCACUAUUAAACUGUGUUGUAUAGGCUCAUUUAAAUAAAAAAAAAUCUAAAAUAUUUUUUCAUUAGUAUUCCAAGUAUCAAUAAAUAUGAUUUUUUUUUUUGAAGAAGAAGAACUAACUUGAUAAUUGUUUGACUUUGGAGCCGGUGUCAUCGUCUGUCCUUUGUGAAAUCCUGGAAUGUUCAGCAAGUCAUUUUUGUUUAAAUGUGCUUUGUUUUGUUGUCUCUGCCAAAAAAUAGUCUCCUUUUCAUUAAGGUAUGUGGACACCUGCUCGUCAAACAUCUCAUUACAAAAUCAUGGGCAUUCAUAUGGAGUUGGUCCCCCCCCUUUGUUGCCUAAACAGCCUCCACUCUUCUGGGAAGGCUUUACACUAGAAGCUGGAACAUUGCUGCGGGGACUUGCUUCCAUUUAGCCAUGAGCCUUAGUGAGGCCGGGCACCGAUGUUGGGCGAUUAGGCCUGGCUUGCAGUCGGCGUUACAAUUUAUCCCUAAAGUGUUUGAUGUGGUUGAGGUCAGGGCUCUGUGCAGGCCAGUCAAGUUCUUCCACACUGAGCUCGACAAACCACUUCUGUAUGGACCUCGUUUUGUGCACGGGAGCAUUGUCAUGCUGAAACGGGAAAGGGCGUUCACCAAACGGUUGCACAGUAUCAUCUAGAAUUUGAUUGAAUGCUGUAGCAUUAAUAAUUCUCUUCACUGAAACUAAGGGGCUUAGCCCCAACCAUUAUUCCUCCUCCACCAAACUUUACAGGUGGUUCUAUGCAUUGGGGCAGAU